UCAAGUGCACUAAUAUAUUUUUUAAUAUUUGGAGUUUUUUCAGGUAAGUUCGCCUAAAAUAACAGUAUAAAGUACGAAGGAACCGCCAGGAUAGUAAUGUUUUCUAUAUUAUUACACAGAAACGAAUUUAUCAUUAUAAUUCUAGCUGUUCUUUUAAUGACUUUCAGGUUUGUUUCUAUAUGGAAGUUUUAAAGAAACAGCAACGUUGUUAUGGAUUUCAUUAUAAUUAUCCUCUAAACGAUGUGCAAUAUAUUGUGAAUGAGAUAACAGACAAAGGCAUGACCUCUAGCGAACCAAUAAAUAAUAUGUACAACCAUUAUACCACAAUAUUUAGUGUCACAUGUUCAGCUGAUAUCGAACUUAUAAUAUUGGUUAAGUCUUCCGUUGGACAUUUUGACCAAAGAGAAGCGAUUCGCUCCACAUGGGGAAAAUGUCAUGGGGAAAAUGUACUAGUAGUUUUCCUUCUAGGAUAUUUCACCGAGUUUGUUGAACAUGCAAGGUACGAAUAUGCUGAACACAAAGAUAUAGUUCAAGGUUCAUUUAAUGACGAAUACAGGAAUAACAUAUAUAAAACAUUGAUGGCAUAUGACUGGGUUGUAUCGAAUUUAAACAGCCAGUUUGUCUUUUUUGUUGACGACGAUUAUUUUGUAACUAUACCAAACCUGUUAAAAUUUUCUAGUGAAAAAAUUAGAUCCGGAAGAGAUGUGAUGUUUGGGUAUAAGCAGUGUAAUAGAGAUCCGGUGAAAUCGAGAGAAUCAAAAUAUAGCAAAUGGUAUAUACCAGAAAAAGAAUACCAGCCACUUAUUCUACCGCCGUUUCUUUCAGGUGGAUCUGUUCUGACGCACAUAAAUGUACUACGAACAUUGAAAAUUGCAUUUCCUUAUAUGAAAACGAUAUUUCUUGACGAUGUUUAUGUAUCAUUAGUUGCACAGAAAUUAGGUAUAAAGAUAUUACACGACAAUAGAUUUGUCAACUCUGAUUUAAGGAGAAUGGAAUUCAACUUCAUUAUAUCAUGUCAUAAUUUUAACAAUACCGAAUAUUUAUACGAAGCGUGGUUGAAAUUCAAAAGUGUUAACGUUGAUUUAUGUAGUACCAGCUAAUGUGACAUCCAACGUAAGGUUGAGGUAUGAAAUGGAUUAAUAAACUUGAAUCGGCUUGUAUUUACGCUCUGAACAAAUAGUAGUAGUCAGUCGGGAACCAGCUUAAUGGAAAAUGGUAUAGAUGUUGCUUCCAAAGAUAGUUGCUCGUAUGCAUGUGACGAAAGUAACGAUAGUUAUGAAGUAUCGACCGUACUGGCAGUUAAAAGUCUGUUAACAUUGUUAGAAAGUUGCUUUCAAGGCAGUUGUUUGGCUCUAGUCAUAAAACGAUUAAUAGUAAUUAAGUAAACUACUUCAGUAGUUACGAGUCCGGAAAUUUAAGCACCAUAUGCACUUGUCAUGGGUACUUAGGAACGAAAAAAUACACCACUUAAAAAAAUACUAACGUUUUACACUAUACUUAGACUUCAAUGUCAAGUGAUUGUCAGUGUAAAUGUACAACUAUGAUGAAAUCAACAAUUAUAUUCACGAGAUUUUUAACAUCGGUAAAAUAGUGUCGCCUUAAUUCGUCCAAAUAUGAUUCAAAUGUGUCAAGGAUGUCCUAAUUUUAAUAAGUUUAUUGUGAUAGAUAAAGCAAACAUAUUUUAUAUGCUGAGAACAUUACACCAAUCUGACAAUGGCUAAAACAUCUAGGCUACAGUUUAUCUCUUAAUCUCGGUUUCUAAAAUGUUUCUGUAAAUUGUUUUAUAAACGUUGAA